GUUUGCAGAGGGCCGCCGGCAGACAGAAGGGGAAAACGAAGGAGAGCCAGGGCGAGCCGAUUUCAGAGCUCGGUGCUCAGCACGGAGACGAAAGCCCCCCGGAGCUGCAGUCCCGAAGCCGCCGCGGAUAACACCAUGAGGUUCUCUGACCUGAGACCCUGCGCCUUCCUGCUGCUGGCGGACUCGGCUCUCCUCUGGCUGCUUCAGGGGACACUGGGGGCUCUCCUUCCCCCGGGGCUUCCAGGCCUUUGGCUGGAGGGGACCCUGCGACUUGGAGGGCUCUGGUGGCUGCUAAAGGUGGGAGGACUCCUGGGAUUGGUGGGAACACUGCUGCCCCCGCUCUGCCUGGGGACCCCGAUGUUUCUCUCCCUGAGGGCCCUGGUCCCAGGGGCCUUGAGUGCUCCCCCAGUCAGAGUGGCUUCAGCCCCUUGGAGCUGGCUGCUGGCAGGGUAUGGGGCUGCGUGGCUAAGCUGGGCCAUGUGGGCUCUGCUGAGCUCCCCAGGAGCCCAGGAGAGGAAGCAGGACCAGGAGAACAACACAGAAUUGAUGUGGAGGCUGCUGAAGCUCUCCUGGCCAGACCUGCCCUAUCUCGUUGCAGCCUUCUGCUUCCUUAUUGUUGCCGUGUUGGGUGAGACAUUCAUUCCUUACUAUUCGGGUCAUGUCAUUGACAUCCUGAGAGGUGAUUUUGACCCUGAUGCCUUUGCCAGCGCCAUCUUUUUCAUGUGUCUCUUCUCCAUUGGCAGCUCACUGUGUGCUGGCUGCCGAGGGAGCUGCUUCACCUUCACCAUGUCCAGGGUCAACGUGCGGGUCCGGCAGCUGCUUUUCUCCUCCCUUCUGCGCCAGGACCUCAGUUUCUUCCAGGAUACUAAGACAGGGGAGCUGAAUUCGAGACUGAACUCAGAUACCAAAUUGAUGAGCUGCUGGCUUGCUCUGAACGCCAAUGUGCUCUUGCGAAGCCUGGUCCAAGUGGUGGGGCUGUAUGGCUUCAUGCUCAGCCUGUCCCCCCGGCUGGCCUUCCUCUCUCUGCUCAAGGUGCCUCUGGCAAUAACAGCUGAAAAAGUGUACGAUGUCCGCCAUCAGGCACUGCUUCUGGACAUCCAAAAUGCUCUGGCGAAAGCAGGACAGGUGGUGCGGGAGGCUGUUGGAGGGCUGCAGACAGUGCGCAGUUUUGGAGCCGAGGCUCAGGAGAUCCGUCUCUAUAAGGAGGCCCUGGAACGGUGCAGGCAGCUGUGGUGGCGACGAGACCUGGAACGUGCCCUCUACGUACUCUUUCAGAGGAUGGUGCACUUGGGAAUGCAGGUACUAAUGCUGAACUGUGGGGUGCAGCAGAUCCUGGCUGGGGACCUCACGCAAGGUGGGCUGCUCUCCUUCCUGCUGUAUGAGAAGGACAUGGGCCAUUAUGUGCAGACCCUGGUUUACAUGUGCGGCGAUAUGCUCAGCAACGUCGGGGCUGCGGAGAAGGUGUUUCAGUACCUGGAUCGGAAGCCAAAGCUGCCUCCGCCCGGGACGCUGGCCCCUCCCACUCUGCGGGGGCUGGUGGAAUUCCAAAAUGUCUCUUUUGCGUAUCCCAACCGCCCCGACCAGCCUGUGCUCAAGGGGCUGACGUUCACUCUACGCCCUGGUCAGAUGACGGCUCUGGUGGGGCCCAAUGGGUCCGGGAAGAGCACAGUGGCUGCCUUGCUGCAGAAUCUGUACCAGCCCACCGGGGGACGGCUGCUGCUGGAUGGGAAGCCCAUCUCUGAGUACGAACACUGCUACCUGCACCGACAGGUGACUUCGGUGGGGCAGGAGCCUGUCCUCUUCUCCGGUUCUGUGAGGGAUAACAUUGCUUACGGGCUGAAGAGCUGCAGUGAUGAGAAGGUGAUGGCAGCUGCCCAGGCCGCCAAUGCCCACGGCUUCAUACAGGAGUUGGAGCAUGGACUGAAUACAGAUGUAGGGGAGAAAGGGAAGCAGCUGGCUGCGGGACAGAAGCAGUGUCUGGCCAUUGCCCGGGCCCUUGUGCGGGACCCACGAGUCCUCAUCCUGGAUGAAGCCACCAGUGCUCUGGACGUCCAGUGUGAGCAGGCUCUGCAGGACUGGAAAUCCCACGGGGACCGAACAGUGCUGGUGAUUGCUCACAGGCUGCAGACGGUGCAGAGUGCGGACCAGGUCCUGGUGCUCAGGCAGGGUGAGCUGCGGAAGCACUCAGAGCUCAUGGAGGGCCAGGACCUCUAUUCCCGCCUGGUGCAGCAGCUCCUGGAGGACUGAGAGCCCGGGGACACGGGACCCUUCCAGUGGUCAUCUCCAUGAUCCAGAGUAGCUCGUGCUGGGAGUUUCCCUGGGCUUGUGCUGCUGGGUAGUUGUUCCUAGAGCUAUUGACAUGGUGGAAGUUUGGGCCACGUGUGCUGACCGGGGCUGGGAGAAAGGGGGGUGCUGUCUGUUUCCAAGAUCCUCAUUUCC